GCAAAAGUUAUAUGCUUUGUCAUUGGUUGCAUUGAAAACUAACUUACAAUCAAAUAAGAGUUUACAGCUCAGAAAUCAUCUGACUGUCAAAAUGGCUGCUUCCUUCGAAAAUACUGAACUUUUGAAAAAAACUGAACUUAAAUCUAGUGUAAAUUUGUUGCAUAGGCUAGUAGAUGGUAUCUGUCAUAGACCAAGACCAGCUUAUGAUGAAUUUUCCAAAAUUUGGUCGCUUCAAGACUGGUGGGCUCUCACUGAUACUUACACAGAUUUGUUCAAGGAAGCAGUGAAAAACACUUGGACAAAAGAUACGCUGUUUGAGAAGCUGCAAGGCUUAGAUGAUGACUACAAGUCAGUGGUAUUUGAUGUUGUUGACAGUAGAAGAGCUGAUAUCAGAAGUCAGUUGUUAAAUGACAGCCAUGCCUUAUCACAGGCUAAUAUGACUGACUUUGAUUGGAAAUUAAAGUUAGUGAUGUCGAGUGAUAAAAUAUCAAGCGUGCAGGAACCUGACCUGGCUCUAGACAUGGAGGUUCAGACUACUGAAGGAAGAAAGACGGUAUCUGUAGAGCUGAACAAACAACAACUUAGUAACCUUAUAAACAGUUUAGAGGGAGCUAACAAGGCUUUGGUGCAGCUGAAAUCUUGACCAGCAAUCUAGAAUCAAGUCUCAGUGGGACCAGGGAUAGACUCAUUUACUUUAUACUUUAAUAGACUUCCUUCCAUUAUGUGCAAUAAAGUGUAUUUUGUUUAUAUUUAUCCAUAUUAAAAACAUUUAGAGUUUGUGUAUGUACAUGUUUUACAUGACUGUAUUUGUUACAAAGUUGAACAGUUCAGUAGUGAUGUUCCUGAUAAGAUAUACUGUUGUUGAUUGGUUAAUUUUCACAAGCUGUAUUUAGUGAUUCUGUUGGUAACACACACAGUUUUAGCAUUAAGACUUCAUAAAGCCAUUUGUGUUUUAGGAAUUGGUGCAGAUUAAUAUAUAUGAAUAUUCUGGAUGUGCAAGUGACAUUUUUUGCCGAUAUUAGCAAAAAGAAAACAAACCCCAAAAAUAUGGUAAAUAUUACCCAAUCUAUAUAAAAGUUCUGCAAACUGGAUCCUGUGAAAGUGUGUUAAUUUUUCAAAGUCCCGUUUUUUUCUGAAUUCAGUUAAAAAGCACUCUGGAUACCAGAAACACUGAAAACCAGACGACUGAAUUCUGGAGACAAUUUUGCAUGGCCACAAAGGAAUAUUUUAAAUAAAAUAUCCCGUGAAUACUGGAAGAUAUGAUGUGUUAGCACAGUAUCAAAUAAAUGAAUCUAUUUCGUAGAUUAUUUAGUUUGCAAAAAGGUUGCUGGCUAUUAAAAGAAAAAUAGCAUUGUCAAGAAAGAGAGACGUUAAUUUAUUAUUUGAUCUGUUCUUUUACCUGUUUUUUUUCUUCAUAAAACAUACCUUAAUUAAUGACAAACUUUCUGGCAUAUGAAAAUAAUAGAUAUUCUUAAUAAAAACCUCGAUUGUUUGAUGCAUCAUUUAUAGGAGGUAGUCUAUUCAUAAUUCCAUGAUAAUUUAAGAUAAACAUUUCAUUAAGAUUUGUGUGAUGUUUAACCUUUAGCCUGCUGGCGGCGAGCUAUUUUGCCUUUGUGACCAGUGCAGACCAAGAUCAGCCUGCACAUCCGUGCAGGCUGAUCAUGAUCUACACUGUUCGCUAUUCAGUCAAUAAAUUUUCAGUGAACACCCCUUUGAAUACUAAAUGGUAUUGCCCAAAUUGAAUGAUGGACCAGUCCAUUUGAGAAAUUUAGCAGUCUAAGGGUUAAAAUAACCAAAAAAAUGUGAUAGAUUACAGUCAGACUUUGUUCACUCAAACUUGGAUAAUUCAUACUCCACCCAUUGCUCAAGCUCACUGUCGAGUCCAAGCAAAAUAUUCUAUGAUUAUUAUAAUGUAUUUUUUUUAUGGCUAGAACUACUGAUAAGUCGAACAAAUCUUGCUUGUCCCAUUGAGGUCGAGCAAACAAAGUUCAGCUGUAUUUUGUUUUCAGUUUUAAAUUAUAUUUAUGAUUGGGAGGUACCAUACAUAUUUAAAAAAAAAAACCCAGACAUGACCUUCAGUUUAAUACAUGUAAAUAAAUCAGAAUACAACACCACAAAUAUGUGUAAAAUCCUCUGAAAACUGGAAUCCUCUGUAAACCGGACUUUUGACUUAGUCCGAUCAGCGUCCAGUUCCCCAAGUUUUUACUGUAAUUAAAACUCACUGUAGUUUACUUUUUGAUUACAAUAAUGAAACAAAUUCAAGAAAAAGGUUGACAUAAAAGUUGACAGAUGCCAAGUAAGAUUAAGAAGCAGAUGUUUCAUGAAAAUCAAAUAAUUGUUCCAGCUGCAGUAAAGUGUAGAAAUGGAUUAGAUACAAAUAUAGAUAUAUAACAUAAUAAACCUUAGAUCAAUUUUAAGUGUCUUUUUCAGCAGCCAUUGCCGUUCUAAUAUUUGAUUCUUUGUUUAGAGCACAUAUGUUACAUGUUUAAAUGUACAAAAUAAACUUUGUAUGUUUGCAA